GCUCUCCGCCCCGCCACUCUUCUGCGUCUUCGGGGAAUCUGGGGCGUGGGGAGUGGUUUUAGCAGGGAAGCAGCUAGACAGCGCCCCUCUUCCCUCUUUUCCAACGGGCGGAGGCGCGUUUGCGGUUGGGGAAGCGUAUCGAAUCCGGCCUCUGGCGUCGACUGUAAAGCCGUUUGGCUUGGUGCGGCGUGGUUUUCUGCGCCGCGUUAACGGGGAAGACCGUUGGCACCCUCUCUUUCCGCGGCGGGCGGGGAGCGCUUCGUAAACUGAAUUAAGGAGAGGAUCUGAGGAGGGUUGUAGGCUGUCGAAGCCCUUGUGCUCCCCACUCAGGAGACGGCCCGGGCCAUCUGGGCGUCGUGGUUUUCUCAUCUCUAACCGAUCUUUCUCCACAGGCUCAUGGAGCCAGAGAAGGAAAGGACCGGGAGGACCCCCAAGAAGGGCAGGAAGAGGAGGCGGGUCCCGAAUAAGCUGGUCGGGGCGUCUGAGGUGAUGAGAGACCGUUGGGAUCUUGAGGAGAGGCAGCAGCCCGAGGCCAAGAAAGCCCGCUUAUCUACCAUUUUAUUUGCUGGAAACCGUGAAAUAACUCAUGGUCAGCUAUGUGAAUUGCUGAAGUGUGCAGUUCUGGGCAAACUCAGUGUUCCUAAACCUAGCUGGUGCCAGCUUUUUCACCAAAACCACCUGAACAACGUGGUGGUUUUUAUACUGCAGGGAAUGAGUCAGCUACACUUUUACAGGUUCUAUUUGGAGUUUGGGCUUCUCCGAAAGGCAUUCAGACACAAGUUCUGCUUGCCUCCCCCAUCAUCUGAUUUCCUAGCUGAUAUCAUUGGGCUGCAAAAGAAACAAAUAAUUGGGGAUCUGCCUAAAGAAAUGGAAGGGUCUUUACCUUCUUCCAGCUCAAAAGUCAGCAUCAACCUGCAGAAUGACCCCAUCGUUCAAAAGUAUGGCUCUAAGAAAGUAAGCUUGACCAGAUGCCUUCUCACAAAGGAGGAAAUGAAAACAUAUCACUUUCCAUUACAAGGUUUUCCUGACUCUGAAAACUUUGUGCCUACAAAAUGUUGUGGUUCUAUAACCGACAACAGUCCUCUCUUUGGGCUUGACUGUGAAAUGUGCCUGACAUCCAAGGGGCGAGAACUAACACGCAUCUCAUUGGUUGCUGAAGGAGGCUGCUGUGUUAUGGAUGAACUUGUUAAACCUGACAACAAGAUUGUGGACUACCUCACCAGUUUCUCAGGAAUCACAAAGAAGAUUCUUAACCCAGUGACAACCACACUCAAAGAUGUACAGAGACAGUUAAAAGCACUGCUUCCUCCCGACGCUGUGUUAGUGGGCCACUCCUUAGACUUAGAUCUCAGAGCACUGAAAAUGAUACAUCCAUAUGUUAUUGAUACAUCAUUGCUUUAUGUCAGAGAGCAGGGCAGAAGAUUUAAGCUCAAGUUCUUAGCCAAAGUUAUUUUGGGGAAGGAUAUACAGUGUCCAGAUAGGUUUGGUCAUGAUGCCACAGAAGAUGCUAGAACAGCCCUUGAAUUGGCUCGGUAUUUCCUCAAAUAUGGCCCAAAGAAGAUUGCAGAACUAAAUCUGGAGGCACUAGCUAGUCACCAAGAACUGGAAGCAGUAGGCCUAGAGCCGAGAAAUACAGCAGAAGUAGUUCAGCAGCUGAACACAAGUGUUUUAGAAUGCUUGGACUCAAUGGGCCAGAAGCUCCUUUUCUUGACUCGGGAGGCAGAUGCUACUGAACUUUCUUCUUCCAAAAACUGUCAAACUAUUAAGUGCCUUUCAAAUAAAGAGGUUCUUGAGCAGGCUAGAGUGGAAAUCCCCCUGUUUACCUUCAGCAUCGUGCAGUUCUCUUUUGAACCCUUUCCACCCAACCUCACUGAGGAGAUGAGCAAAAGAAUGAGGAUCAAGUGGAUGGAGAUGUCAACUGUCUAUGCUGGGCCAUUUAGCAAAAAUUGUAACCUUAGAGCUCUGAAGAGGCUGUUUAAGAGUUUUGGUCCAGUUCGGUCAGUGACUCUUAUUCUUGAAACCCAUCAGCCACAUCUCUGUAUACAAUACGAAAUCCUGGAAGGUGCCCAGCUGGCCAUAGAGUCUUUGGAUGGCAUCGUGGUAGAAGGUACCUGCAUCAAGGUGCAGAGGCCUGUGACAGAGCUCACCCUUGAUUGUGACAUCCUUGUGAAUGAGCUGGAACAAGAUUCUGAGAACCAAGGUACUAUAUACCUGUCUGGAGUGAGUGAAACCUUCAAGGAACACCUGUUGCAACAGUCCAGCCUCUUCCUGGGCCUGGAAGCUGUGAUCUUGCCUAAAGAUCUUAAAAAUGGAAAGCAGAAAAAAUACUGUUUCUUGAGAUUCAAAACUUUUGGCAGUGCCCAGAGGGCCCUUGGCAUUCUCACAGGCAAGAACUGGAAGCUGAAAGGCAGGCAUGCCCUAACCCCCAGGCACCUCCAUUCAUGGCUCAGGGGCUUACCUCCUGAAUCAAGGCCCCCAGGGCUUCGUGUCAUACCUCCCCCCUCGGAGCAGGAGACCUUGCAGCACUCAUGGAUCGCUCUCUGGCCUAGGACUGAUGGGAAUAAAAGAUGAAGAGGAAAGCAACAGCCCAAACAAGUGUUUGUGAGUCUGCCCACCAUUUUCCAUGUGCCAUUUCUUAAUCCCUCGUGGGCAAUAGCAGAGAAUCUGGUCAGGCUGCAGGCACUCCAGAGGCUGCCAGACCUCUAUAUAGUAGACAGUUUGUGGAAACAUUGUACCAGCUUAAGGAGUCUAGUCCAUUUAUAUGAAAUGUACAAAUUUUCAAUAAAUGCCUA